CCGUAUUCACAAACCAACCUAACCCUUAUCUUUAGCGUUCCUUACCUUAUCGGCUCCUUACCGCGUUUCAAAAACAGACCUUACACUUAGCGGCUCCCUUUAGCCCAACUUUAAGGUCACGAAGAGGGCGCCUCCUUAAGGCAGCAUCUGAGGUAGCUUAACGGCUCCUUAUCCAAUCCAACAUGGCGGCGUGCUACGACGACAGCUUUAGCGAGUUCGUCGAUUUUGUAAACCGUGCAAAAGAAAUGGACAACGAAGCGUAUAGUUUUGUGCGGCCGUUGCAGCGGAACCUUAGGGAUCGCCAGAAUCCCAUGGAGUUUUACAGUGACCAGGAGUUUUUAGCCAGGUACCGCUUCUCAAAAGCUACUGUGCUCGAACUACUGACCAUGUUGCCGCUGCAUCAGAACACGGACGGACGUGGUUGCCCUGUGCCACCGCUGUUGCAACUGCUGGUGACACUUCGUUUCUACGGCGCGGGAACUUUUCAGAUUGUCUCAGGCGACCUAGUUAAUGUGUCGCAGCCAACCGUUUCCCGUGUUGUCACACGGGUGUCGAAAAUGAUUGCCGCAACGCUGUUCCCUGCGCUUGUGAAGUUCCCCGACGCGGGGAAAAUGCAUGACGUCAUGCACCAAUUCUACAUCAAGGCAAAGUUUCCGAGGGUGACUGGUUGCAUUGAUUGCACCCACGUGCGUAUCAAAAGUCCAGGCGGAGACGACGCCGAGGUAUUCCGCAACAGGAAAGGAUAUUUCUCCUUCAAUGUGCAGGCAAUCACAGGACCUGAACUCCAAUUUUUUGAUUUAGUUGCAAGCUGGCCGGGUUCUGCACAUGACAGCAGGAUUUUUGACAACAGCAAUGCAAGAGUACGUUAUGAGGAAGGGGAUGUACCUGGCGUACUCCUCGGCGACAUGGGGUAUGCUUGCCGGCCAUACCUUAUGACGCCGCUAAAAGAUCCUGGAGGCAAAGACAGCCCGGAGUACAGGUAUAACAAGUCCCAAAUCCGGACCAGGAACACCGUCGAAAGGGCUUUCGGCAUCUGGAAAAGAAGAUUUCCAUGUCUUGAUAUGAAGCUACAAAUAGAAACAACAACUUCUGUCAUUGUCAUCACGGCAUGUGCAGCUCUGCACAACUUUGGCCGGAACCGUCCAAGUGAUGAACUGCCACCCGACACAUGCAAUGAUCAGCAGCCCUCCCCAGCUUUACAACCCCAAGGACCACAGCCCGUUGACUCGGCGAGUGGCUUCAGAACUCGAGCCCGCAUUAUUCAGCAAUAUUUUUCCUAAAAUGUGGCAGAGCAAACAGGGCAUGCAUAUUGAAAAUAAAAAAAUUGUGCCAUUUUACUUACUUGCUUUUUUCACGGCAUCUAUUUUCAGCAUUAGCAGCUCGAGCUUAGCCUUUUUGCUAGCACAGUCAAGCUCAUGCAUUUGUUUUGAUUGCCUCAUAUGGAGAGCAUGUUCAGCUCUCAUCAGCUUCAUCUUGAGCA